GGACCAAAGAGGAAAAGAUUAAUAUUGAUGAAAAAAAGAUUACUGAAGCUUUUAUAUUAUUUGUUACAAAAAACUUUCCAAAAGCUAUAAGAAUAUGGAUUGUAGGUAAGGAAAUUCUAACUUAUAAAGGUAUUCUUUAUCAUAGUUCUCAUGAAUGGAAAAAGUUGAAUAAUACAUUUAUAUAUGAAAAAUCACAAUCUAUACCUAAAGAAUUUUUAUAG